GUAAGUGUCGCUUCUCCUUCCGUGUACAAAACAUUGAACAUAAACAUUCACAAUGUUCAGCAAAUUCUUCUGCAAGCAGAACAUUCGACGUGCCGUGCCCGGCACUUGCCUCGUGGUGGGCGGCACCGGCGCCGGGGCGAGCCCCGCCAAGGUGACGCUCAGCCUCCAGCUUCGGGGAGGGUGCUGGCGAACCACUUCUCGGAAGGUGGCCGUCUUCACCUUCCAGGCGGCGUCCGGCCACGCCUCCUCCCAUGCCCUGCUGGACCUGGAGUACCUCUUCAGGUGCAGCAGCAAGCCAAGUGCCAGUGUCAAAAUCUGUGUGGCGCUGCGCUGCGGCGGGAAACGCGUGGCCCGCGCUGACCUGGAAGAGUUUCUCGGCCAGCUGACGCGAGGUGGCCGCCUUGACUCUUUCUUCCUGUACAUACACGAAGAAAAAGUCGCCCUCCAGCAAGCCAAUCAGCCAAUCCCGUACCCAGCUACGGAAUGGCUUUUUGAGGGAGCGCCACGAGGCACACAUGCGCAGGUUAAGGCUGAGGCUCAGGAAGACAAUGAUGAUAUGGACGAGUUGGAAGACAAAUACAAAGAAUGGAAGGCUUACCUCGAAGAGGUAUUCUCCCCUGAAGAUGGAGAUGAUAUUGACGAAGUGGAAGACUAUAAUGACAACAACUACCAGGAAUGGAAGGCUGAUCUCGAGAAGAUAUUCUCCGUUGAUGAUGAUGAUGAAGUUGCAGGCGAGGCGACCUCCGAGUUGCGGGAAGCCUCUGGUGAAGGAACUGAGGCUGCAGGCGAGGCAACCUCCGAGGUGGAGGAAGCCUCUGAUGAAGGAACUGAGGCUGCAGGCGAGGCAACCUCCGAGGUGGAGGAAGCCUCUGAUGAAGGAACUGAGGCUGCAGGCAAGGCAACCUCCGAGGUGGAGGAAGCCUCUGGUGAAGGAACUGAGGCUGCAGGCGAGGCAACCUCCGAGGUGGAGGAAGCCUCUGGUGAAGGAACUGAGGCUGCAGGCGAGGCAACCUCCGAGGUGGAGGAAGCCUCUGGUGAAGGAACUGAGGCUGCAGGCGAGGCAACCUCCGAGGUGGAGGAAGCCUCUGGUGAAGGAACUGAGGCUGCAGGCAAGGCAACCUCCGAGGUGGAGGAAGCCUCUGGUGAAGGAACUGAGGCUGCAGGCGAGGCAACCUCCGAGGUGGAGGAAGCCUCUGGUGAAGGAAAUGAAGCAGCAUACGAGGCUACGUCUGAGGUGGAGGAAGCCUCUCAAAACGGUACAAUGGCCGCAGACAAGGAUGUUCCCCAUCAAGGCGAAUCCUCUUCAGCAGUGACCGUCUCUGCCACGCCCUCCACUGCUUCGUACGCUUACCGCAGCCUGGCUGUGGCUCAUAGAUUCAUCAGUCGCCUUGCAGGCCCCGAGGACCGCCACCUCGAGGAUCUGCGGCGCAGCUAUGGGGUCCAAAUCGUACGGAUUAAGCGAACCCUGCAUGUGAAGGGCCGCAGAGACGCAGUGCUGAAGUGCCACCACUCCAUGCGCGCCAAGAUCGCUGAGUGGCGGAGUUGUGACGACGCUGAGGCUCACUAAGCGACCUACCGACACCUGUGACGGUCCCGUAACACUGCUCAUGACCUGACGCCUGACGGAGACACUGAAGCUGCCGACGAGGCGACCUCCGAGUUGCGGGAAGCCUCUGGUGGCACCAUUACUACCGUGUGUCUUAUCUUUUCGUUUCUUAUUGUCUAGACAUUGUUAUUGUUGUACUUGUCAU